AUGUCUCCCUCGAUGGCAAUCCAACAUUUCACCCAUAUCCAUCCAUUAACCAAGGUUGACGGACAGGGUGGGUUCAUGUGCAAUGGCUGCAACACCUACGGCUUUGGGACGACCUACCGUUGCGUCACCUGCGACUACGAUCUUCACGAUCAUUGUGCCACUUGUCCCCCUACCCUCCUCAGCUUUAUGCAUCCACAGCACGAGCUCCAGCGAGUCUUUAGAGGACCAGACCAGAGGCAACAUAACAGACGUAUGUGCGACAUCUGUGACAAAUCAGUCGAGGGGCUCUAUUACCAUUGCGAGCCUUGCGACUUUGAUGUCCACCCACUUUGCACCUAG